CGAAAUGUGAGUCCUCGUGCCAACCACGGGGUACUAUUCGGAAUCAUACUUCCUCUAGCCUUUUCGUCGCGGCUGCCCACACUUUCAAACGGACAACCGAACUAUCCGAAUCAUUCCCAGACUAUGCUUAUUCGUUGGCCUGCCGUAUUUCCAGGGAUGACCGCGGCAACAUGUGCUCACACCAAUGAGUGGCGUAUGACAGUGACAUGCAUGCGUGUUCUUUCCACAAUUUUGUCUCCCAGUGUCGUAUCUUCCUGCAUGAUGUUGGCUGGCAGGGACGAGAUUAAAUUGCGUCUCCGUUCAAAUGUCUCCGUCCCAGAUUUAAUUGUGCGCAUCUUGCCAGACGCGGCGGCUGAUGCGACGGCGGGCGUUUGAUUCAGGGUUCGUCGCUCGCAUCGGCACGGACGUUAACGUUCUCCUCACCUAGGGAUUCCAAUCAUCUGACACAUGAAUAAGUAGUAAGAUACGUUUCGGUUUCCUGUACGACCAGAAACCGACUCGGAUGCCUUGAAACCCGAAGGAGCCAGCUAGAUUUGAUGGUCUCCCGUCCGACACAUAACCGACAGCGAAGCGUAUCCACAUCAAUUUUUCGAUCAUGUUUCUGACAGACCAUAGAUAUAUCGACCUUGAUAUUGA